GUACUGAUAGCAUCAUAGUUUGCGCACCGAGCCAAGAGGCUUGUCCCUUUAAAACACAGCUCGGCUCAGUCAGCGCAACCCGAUCCCACUGGCUUAUGUCCGGAGAGAGCAAGAACGAGACAAGGACUGUAAAAAGAGCGAAGGCAGGGAGAAAAACGAAAUAAUAAAAAGAUGAUCUCGCACGUUGACUGACACUAGAAUCAUUUCAAAGCCAGACAGAGACAUUAGUCGGGCGUCAAGUAAUACGAGUUUAUGAGAGCUUUGGAAGGAAGCGAGUGAGACAAAGUGAACGCUGUAACAUUCUGCCGGCUGGGUCAGUUGUCUGAGUAGCUGGCAUCUAUCUGCACAGAGAAACUUGCGGAUACAUACAGCCCCAACUAGCUACUGCCUGGAUUGAGGAAACUCAGCAAAAUUCACUACACCGAUAGCCUGCGAAGAAAUCAUCCUUGUUUGUUUUGGUAAUAUUCUCAGCGACAUCCUCGAGGGCUACUCCUGACGACUGGCUGAAGAAAUCCCAGCGAUGAUUGGCUGUCGAAGCUGAGACUCGACAAGACAGAGGAUCUUGAACUAGGUGCUAUUCUGAAAGUUCAACUGGCUGUAUUGUAUUGGUGCUGAAGACGUGUCGAGGGUCUUCCUUAGUGUUGGCGUGUGGUCUUCUCUGUGCUGCGGUGGAGGGCUUCACAGACGCAGCUAGUGUGGCUGGAUGCAUCACGCAGUAGAGCAGUUUGGCGGGCGUGGCACACGGGACUCCUUCCCUCUGGACGGACUCAGCCGGGGAACAUGGGCUACCGUGGGCGGCCACGUCACCUGGGCGCCACCUGCCAGGUGUCCGCCAGGUGUCAAUCAACACCAGCUCCUACCCCAUCUACCGCCCAGUCACAUGGGUGGACUGAACCAUCCCGGUAAAUUCUUCAAUAAUGGGCCCGUGCAGGUGCGUGGCGGUGAGAAGCAGGAGCUGGCCCAGGCCACGUUACCUGGCCUCCAGAGAGCGGACCAGCAACGCCUCCCUCCUCCCCCUCACAGGGCGUGGGAACAGCCGGGUCAGAUGUACGAGUCGCCCGCCCAUCCAUCCGUGCCCCUGCCCAGCGACCACGCGACCCGUCUGCAUGGCGGGUAUAGCCCCGGGCCUCCCGCCAACCUGCCCCCCAGGCCCAAUCAGCUACUGAAGUAUGUGGACCCUCAGGAGCAGCAUCUUCUCAGGGGUCCGACAUCGCUGGGUGACGAUAUGUGGGCUCAGGUGCAGCAGAGGGGUUACCCAGGGAAGAUGUUGGGAGGGCAGCUGAAGAGACCGGCCCCCCCUCUCGGGGAGUACUCGGUCAUCCGGCACACCCCGCCCCCCUCCCUGCACCCCUCCUCUCGCCCCAAUGAGGACUGCCCCAGUCCUAGCAAGAGGAAGAGGAGCUCUGAGCAGGUUCCUCACCCAGGCAUACAGAGGUUCCCUGGCCCAGGAGGGCACCCCCUGCCCCCACAGCAGCAGCCCCCGUCCCACUACCCCCCUCCUCCACCCAAACCUGCUUUCUGGAACCCCAUGCACAAGGCGAGUGGCGCCGCCUGGGCCCAGCCCGAACGCAAGAACGGGUCCCCUGAGUUCCAGGAGUCGGUCAAGUCCUGCAUGGGCGGCUACACCUACAAACCUCCCGCCCCCUCGCCCAUCUCCCCACCCCUCACCUCCUCCCCGGGAGGCUACCCUCAGAGGCAUAGCGGGCCCCACCCACCCCACAAGCCCUCAUUCUCACCUCAGGCCCUCAAUCAACCCCCACACAACAACCCCCACAGCUCUCACCCGCAGUACCCUAAACAACCAGCCCCGCCCCGCAUGGGGAUGGAGCCCAGGGGAGGUCCUCCUACCCCCCAGAGAGGCCCUACCACUGGGGGCAGGGGAGUCAACAACCAUCCGCCUCCUCACCACCACCAACCUCCAGCAAGGGGGGACAGAGACAGUAGGGAGCCCCCCCAACCCUCACCAGCAAACCACACCGGCGUGCCUUACAGCCACAACCCCCACUUCCAGCCCCACCCCGGGCUGGGCCACACUGCUCCCCACCCCCCUGCCAGCAGCACAGCAGUACCUCAGCAGCACAACCCCACUCCCCCCCACCACGAGGCCUGGAGACCCCAGGGACAGGGUCAGGGCAGGCCACAAAACAACCACCCCAUGGAGUCGGGUCACUACAGGGCAGGGCUGGUACCUCAGGGGCAGCAAAACCAGGCUGGGGAGACCCGGGGUCCCGCGUCCCUCCAACACCAUCAGCACCCCCACAUCAGCCCCCCUCAGGUUCCUACCAGAACCCCCGUCAUCAUCUCCACCCCCCAGGCCUCCUGCUCACAGUCACAAAACAACUGCUACAACAACAGUAGUAGUAUUACUGGACCUGCACUCUCCACUGUGACCACAGCACCACCUGCUGUGUGUUCAGCUAACAGCACCUGUAGGAGAGGCAGGGAGACGAUGUCACUGCCCCACCAGUCCUCAGCUGCGUCUCAGCUGGCGAGAGACCCAGAGAGGGGCCCCUUCCACCCCAUGCUGCACCCAGGGUAUCAGGGAGCCCACGCGGGCACUGCCAACCACCCCCACCGGGCGCCACCCAGGCCCCAGCAGCAGCAGUCCCCUAGCCAGCACCACCAACAGUCUGUCCAGGGGAAGUCUUACUACGGACGGUCUGAUCCUGAUGGCACUCUGGCCUCCUCUUCAUCCUCCUCCUCUUCGUCAUUCUCAGGACACCAGAGGGCAGGGGAGAGCGUCAUCACCAGCAGGGGGUCUCACCCCAGACCCCUCACCCAGACGGAGGUCACUAGCUCGCCCCUGCACCGCCCCAUGCCCGCCCCCCAACCCCACACUGUCAGCUCUGCCCCUCAGCCAGCCUCCAGCCCCUCCUACUCCAGACUCUGUGCCCAGCCUGCCCCCCAGGCUACCACCACCUCAGCCAAGGGGUAUCUAAAUUCUCGACCCCAGCCACCUCCACCAUCAGCCCCCCAGUCCAUGGAGGAGGCUCUGGAUAAACUGGAUGCUGAGCUGCAGGGUCAUAUGCAGGCUGAGGAGAGGAGGGAGCAGGAAGAGCGGAAGAGGGAGAGGGAGCAGGAAGAGCGGAAGAGGGAGCAGGAAGAGCGGAAGAGGGAGAGGGAGCAGGAAGAGCGGAAGAGGGAGAGGGAGCAGGAAGAGCGGAAGAGGGAGCGGGAGCAGGAAGAGCGGGAGAGGGAGCAGGAAGAGAGGGAGCAGGAAGAGCGGAAGAGGGAGAGGGAGCAGGAAGAGCGGAAGAGGGAGAGGGAGCAGGAAGAGCGGAAGAGGGAGAGGGAGCAGGAAGAGCGGAAGAGGGAGCAGGAAGAGCGGAAGAGGGAGAGGGAGCAGGGGAAGAGGAGAGAGUUGGAGAGAGCGGAAGAGGAGAAGAAAAGAAGGGAAUGGGAAAAAGAGCAGGAGGAAAGGAAGAGGAGGGAUUUGGAGAGGGAGCGAGAGGAAGAGGAGAGGAAGAGGACUGAGUGGAUGAAAGAGGAGGAGAGGAGGAAGGUGAAGGAGGAGAUGAGCCGGAGUAGUAAAAGGAGAGAGGAGUCUGCCAUCGAGAGUCUGGAGAGACUCCUGUCCGGCAACUCCUCUGCUCCUCCACCUCCUCGCCUGUCCACCGUCUCCUCCUCCUCCUUUGUCCCACCCCCACCACCCCCCAGCCAGUCAUCCUCCUCGCCCCCCUACCCCUGGCUGAGCCGGGGCGGGGCUCCCCCUUGUCCCCCAGGCCAGGCACCACCACCUCCCGCCCCCCUGGAGAUGUCACGGCCCCCCCCUCUCACCCCCCAGACGGAGUACGCUAGGGAGAAGCAGAGGCAGAGAGAGAUGUGGGGUGAAACCCCCCCCUCGUCAUUACACACUAGUAACGUUACCUCAGGGAACAACGUCCUGCCCUCGUUGGGGCCCUCUUACCCCAACCACCCCUCAAAUAAGACCUUGACGCAAGGUGCCCCCCGCCCAUCCAAAGACACCCCCCAUCCCAAGGAGAACGCUAGUCAGCAGGUCCGAGGAGGCGCGAUGGGCGCUGUGGAUCCCCUCCACACCUCCAGCACGGUCAACCUCCGAGAGCCCCCCAAACUCUUCCAGGCGUUCCCCAGGGAUAGCCUACCGUCUGGGCCCAACACCUCCAGGACCAACAGCAGCACGUCCAGCACAGGGGGCCUCCUCCACAAGCGCAUGCCCAGCGGAGGCCUAGGCAGCCUAGGUUGCAGCAGCAGCGGCGACUCUGACAGCACCCAGUUUGAGGAGGAACCCUUGGAGCUCUCAACGUUACUCCCGGAUGGUCUGGCCAACAUCAUGGCCAUGCUGGAUGAGUCCAUCAAGAAAGAGGAGGAAUCUCUGUACUGCAGCGACCGAAACGGCGCUAGGGAGACCAUCAUAACUGCCUUUACUGCUAUGCCGCCGGCUAAGAGCUACCUGUGCGCCCCGGACCUCAUUCCAGCGCCCAAUCAGCAACCGCAGGAUGACUUUAUUGGGACGAACGUCCACGCCAGCCCACCUGUACUGAGCCGACAGGGCUCACUGGCCUCCCCCUGUAGCCGGACUUCCUCCCUCAACGAGGAAGACGAGGAGGGUUGUCUCGCCCUGAAACCCCCUUUGGAGCUCCACGAGCCAGCCGUCCCCCUCAACUCCGACCCCCAGUCAGGGACUAACUACAGCCACAGCGACCUGGCUAAACUCUACGGUCUCCCGGAGCCUGUGAAGAGCGAGGGUGACGACGAGGAUGAGGAAGAUGAGUCGGAGACCCCGUCCAGUUCCCCUCCCCCACCCCAGAGGCCCCACCUCCACCAGACGGGGGUGAGCAGCACCUUCAAGUCCCAGGCCGCCCUGGAGAACCAGAAGUACGCCUACCGAGGUGGUCCGUUUGGCCGCCCGCCCCCCUCUGCUCUUGGGGGACUGAAGUACUCCUCCUCCCUCUCUCUGGGUCCCGACAUCCAACAGCAGCAGAAUAGCACCUCCCCCACCUCGGAUUCCACCAAUCACCCAGGCUUCACGCCGUCGUCGGCCCCUCCCCUAAAGACCCGCCCACACUCCCCCUCCAGCCGGGAGGCAAAGAGACAGGUCAACAUCAAGAUGGAGGAGCCUGAUAUCUGGAGAGAUGGGAGAGAGGCCAUGGAGAAGAGGCUCCAUUCCUCGAGGGAGGAGUCCAAGUGUUAUCUCUCUACACAGCCCAUCAAGAUGGAGCCCAAGGAAGAGGUGACGCUUACAACCAUCUCAGAGUCUUCUCUGGCCGAGCUGGGCCGAAGCUGUGAGGUUCUCCUGACCCGACACUCCAGCUCCCUCCCUAGCAAGAACACCUCCGACAGGACCAAGACUGAGCUCCAACAGGAGGGCAGGCACCAUAAGCCUGAGAGAGAGCGGGAACGACACCGAGAGAAGGAUGGAGAGAAGGAGCGGAAACCCGGCCGGAGCAAGAAGCACGAGGAGAGGAAAGAGGGGAAGAAAAAGCAGAGGGAGAAACGAGAAGAGAUGUCCUCCUCCUCCUCUUCGUCCUCUCACUCCUCCUCCUCCAGUUCCAGUUCUAAACGGCACAGGCACAAGGAGAAGAAGGACCACCGGCGGAUCCUCGGGAACCUGGACCUUCAGCGUAAGGAGAUUCGGGAGAAGGACCGCGACCGCGUUCGCGCCGACAUGAGGAGGACGGAGGCUGGGUCCACCAGCGAAGGUGAACCCUCCGAAUGGGCGUCCCAUAGUAGAAGUGAAAGAAGUUCAGGAGUCAUGUCCUCUUCUCAGGACAGAGGGGCUGGAUCAACACUGCAGGGUUCGGCUGCUGACUUCAUGAAGCUGAAGGCCCUGUCGGACGGGCCGCCCAAGGAGCUGAAGAUCAGGCUGAUCAAGGUGGAGAGCGGCGACCGAGAGACGUUCAUCGCCUCUGAGGUGGAGGAGAAGAGGACACCCCUGGAGGAGAUCAGCAUCGGGAACACUGCCGCAGAGGUCAUCAGGGCCUGCAAGGGUGCGAGGGUGAAGGGGAAGUUCAGAGAGUCCUACCUGCUCCCUGCGUUCUCUGUCAAGCCCCUGUUUACCACAGAGCCCCUCCCACGGGAUAAACUCAACCCCCCCACGCCUAGCAUCUACUUGGAGAGUAAGAGAGAUGCCCUCUCCCCUGUACUACUGCAGUUCUGUACUGACCCCAAGAACCCUGUUACUGUCAUCAGAGGACUGGCCGGGUCCCUACGACUCAACCUGGGUCUGUUCUCCACGAAGUCUCUGGUGGAUGCUAACUCUGAGCAUGCUGUGGAGGUGAGGACUCAGGUACAGCAGCCUGCUGAUGAGAACUGGGACCCGAGCGGCACGGGGCAGACCUGGCCCUGUGAGAGCAGCCGCUCACACACCACCAUCGCCAAGUACGCCCAGUACCAGGCUUCAUCCUUCCAGGAGAGUCUGCAGGAGGAGAAGGGUAGUGAUGAAGAGGCUGAGGAAGAUGAGGAAGACAAGGAGAAGACGAGUAAGGAGACCAGCCCCGAGACAUCGAGCAAAGAACCCACAAGUAAAGACGCUACCAGUACCGAACAGAAACCAGUGGGGAAGAUAAUCAAGUUUGGCACCAACAUUGACCUGUCAGACCCCAAGAGGUGGAAGCCCCAGCUGCAGGAGCUCCAGAAGCUUCCGGGCUUCAUGCGCGUGGCGUCCAGCGGGAACAUGCUGAGCCACGUGGGACACACCAUCCUGGGCAUGAACACGGUCCAGCUCUACAUGAAGGUCCCCGGGAGCCGCACGCCAGGCCACCAGGAGAAUAACAACUUCUGCUCUGUGAACGUCAACAUUGGGCCUGGAGACUGCGAGUGGUUCUCUGUGCACGAAAACUACUGGCCGGCCAUCGACGACUUCUGUGAAAAGCAUGGAGUAGACUACCUGACCGGUUCCUGGUGGCCUGUUCUGGAGGACCUGUACCGCUCCAACAUCCCUGUUUACCGCUUCAUUCAGAGGCCCGGGGACCUGGUGUGGAUCAACGCAGGGACCGUCCACUGGGUCCAGGCUGUGGGCUGGUGCAACAACAUCGCAUGGAACGUGGGCCCACUCAACUCCUACCAGUACCAGCUGGCCCUGGAGAGGUUUGAGUGGAACGUGGUCAAGAAGGUCAAGUCCAUCGUCCCCAUGAUCCACGUGUCCUGGAACGUGGCCCGCACCGUCAAGGUCACCGACCCCGACACAUACAAGAUGAUCAAGCACUGCCUCCUGCAGUCCAUCAAGCACAUCCAGGUUCUGCGAGACCAGCUGGUAGCAGCAGGGAAGAAGAUCUCCUACCAGAGCCGAGUGAAGGACGAACCAGCUUACUACUGCAACGAGUGUGAUGUGGAGGUGUUUGACCUGCUGUUCGUGACGUCUGAGAGUGGCAGCAGGAAGACCUAUGUGGUCCACUGUGAGGACUGUGCCCGCCAGAGGAACCCCAGCCUCUCCAACAACGUAGUGGUGUUGGAGCAGUACCGCAUGGAGGAGCUAAUGAGUACCUACGACACAUUCAGCCUGGUGAGGACACACACCUUUUUCUUAUGAGACACGGGCGGGCACCUGCAUACAAGGAAAUCGGUGUCUGUCUGCCUAACAACCCGAGGACAGUAGAUGUAACGUUUCCUCUUCUGUCUGUCUCCUCUCUCCAGACUGCAGCCCCGAGUACACAGUGAUAAAGCUCCUCCCCCCUCCGCGUCUCACAGCCAUAACCAAAACUCCUGCCAGACAGGACUUAACAUCUUUAAAAAAAAACGUUAUUUUUAACCCCCCCCCCCCCCCCCCCCCCCUUCGUUAUUUAAGAUGUUUUGACUACUGCUAAUACUUGCCGAUCAAACAGCCAAUCGAAAACCAGUUUACUACUCAUCACCGUUUACAAAACCGAACCGCCAAUCAAAUGCCAGUUUACCCUUGUUGUAGACUGUUCGUGAGCAGCGUUCUGGUUUCUGGAGGACUUGAAAAAAAUGGAAAGGCAGUUGGUGCUAGCUGCCAUUGUGAACAAGCAACAAAGGGUUGACAGUUAUCAAUGGCAUGAAUUUGAUUAUUUCCAUAUCUUUUUUUUUUAUCAUGAAUUCUGAAAUGUGUAAAUGCUGUGUAUUUUGUGGGGUGCUGUUUUGUUUUUUUUCUAAAAUAAUGUAUUUUCUUUAAGACUAGAUCAGCCCUAGAUAUAUACCACAUUGGCCUUGUGACUUGUAUUUAGAAGAUAAAUAAGAUGGAAAAUACUAAGAGAUAUGACUUUUUUUCUAAAAGCAUUAAGAAUAAGGAGACACAAAAAAAUACAAUUGUUUGAAAUGCUUAGAAACAUACGGGUUUUAAAGUCUUUUUAGAUUUUUAGUUUAGUCUUUCUUACUCUUGUAUGUGUUGUGUUUUUACAAAUGUAUAAUGUUUAUUUCCACGGGAAGGCGAAAGAGUCAAUUGUCACAACUCUUUAGGAGUACAUCAGGUCUUUUUGUUUUAAUGAAUUGCUUCCAUUUUUGCAUUGUUUUGUACCUCUGAUUUUGUUAGUUUUUUGCUUAAUAUACAGAUUUAUAAUUUUUCUUCUGGAUUUUACAUUGUACAUUCUUUUUUAUUUAAAAUGUUUCUUAUAUUUAUAGGAUGUCAAUGUUCUCCCCUUGCUUUUAUUAGGGUUGUACAAGUUUGAAAGUAAUUUUUUUUUCUCUAACAACUGAAAUGGUGUGUUAUGGGAGGACAAGGUUCUCUGGUGCUUCUUCUGGUUCUAUAUAUAUAUAUAUAUAUAUAUAUAUAAAUGAUAUUUCUAAUGAAUAUAACUUACACCUUUCCCUGUAGUUGCUAGGAUCCACAGCCGAGGUAGCUGACGAAUGGAAUACGGUCUUUGUAAUGCGUGGGGGAAAUUGUAAUUGUUUUUCAUUCUUUCUGGGGGGCUUUGGAUUAAAUGAUUUUUUUUUUAUAUAUAUAUAUUAUUGUAAUCUGUUGGAAUAUUGACUUAUGGGAUAGAAAGGUGCUACAGUUUUUGGAUGAACUAUUUUUGUUUUUCCUUUAAGAUAAAUUCUAUUUUUCCUGUUGCAAUAUACCUUCCUUUUCCUUC